UGACAAGGACCGCAAAGCGAAACUAUGAUUGAACUAAAGUUUGUGUUCACGAUGAUGAAGACCUGAGAUUACUUCCGACGACGUCAUCAGCCUGAGACCUCGCUACGUCGUUUAUACCUUCUGACGCCUUCAAAACGGUCGGAGUUUCGGUCCUUAUGGUGCGUUCACAUCGCUGGAAAUUAUGGGGAAAACAUUUUCUCUUCGUCGGAAAGUUCGCUUGAACGACACAUUAGGCUUGUUAUUGAUGACGCAUGCGGCUUCGUUUGCCAUGCGUCAGAAUGCAAUCUGGGAUUUAAAACGUCAGAAAUCAGUCUACAUCUUAUAUCAUACAUGCAGCAUUGGAUGCUGGGACGCGAGAAAUGCGGCCGCCAUCUUGAAGUGGGGAACCUGGAGCAGGUUCAUGGCAGCCACAGCGUCUACAGCAGAAACAGGAUGCCGGGGUGGUGUUCAGCAUAUUCCUGCUCAAAUGAGCGGACCGUCAACAAUAGGAAUCGGGGGAUUACUUUUCACAAGUUUCCCAAAGACAAAGAUGUGAGGAAGAAGUGGGAAGUGGCUUUGAGGAGAGAAGGAUUCACUGCAAGUGAUUAUUCAGUUGUGUGCAGUCAACAUUUUAAGCAGGCUGAUUUUGACAGGACGGGUCAGAUUGUCAGACUACGUGAUGGUGUUAUUCCAUCCCUCUUCAGAUUCCCGGUUCACCUCCAAAAGGGCAGGGCUGCUUCUACCUCCAGAAGAGCUGACGAAAGCCUGUCCGUGGCCUCUAACGAUUCCCCAGAAAUGACAACCUCCCACCCACAACCUCAGCCUUAUGAUGAUCAUGGCUAUGCCUUGCCUGCUUCUCCUACCGCUGUUAAGGCCAAAGUCAAUGAACACCUGGCAAGAGUGGAAAGUCUGGCGCGAGAAAAGAAGAAUGCCAUGUCCAGAGAAAAGAGGGCAAAAACCACAGUGAAGGGUCUUUUGGGGGAUUUAAGGGAAAAUAACCUAAUUAAUGAAGAGCUCAGAGAGAAGCUUGCAUUUUACUCAGACCUUAAGACGGACUUCGUGGCAAAGCAGGGCCAUGAGUACUCACAGGACUGCAGCUGUGUGCCGUUGGAGCCUUGGUCAGAGAGGCCGUGCCAUCUUCAUUUGACAAGAACUUCCACCUUCUGACCCUGAAAAACAAUGGUGGCCUAGUGAUUCCAUCACUAGGCUCAGUGAAGGUGCUGAGAGCUGCAGAGAGUGUGAUCCGCCAAGCUUCAACAAUGCAAGCUCAAGCUCCUAAGGUGUCGACAGUCCUACACAUCGUCCGAGGGGAGAUUGGAACAGAGGAUGUAUUUCUGCUUGGGGGACACAUUGAGGAGACACAAUUUGGCAUCGACAACCACCAUUCGGACUUGUUAUCAUUGGUUGUGUCAGUGUUUCAUAAGAUAAGGCUGCACCACAUUGCCAAACACGCCUCUUGAACUUCAGAAAGGAAGCACGAGAAAGAAGCUGUGCAAAACAAUCCUCUUUCAGGGGUUUUAACCCUUACCCUGGCUGCUUUUAUUGUAUUUUGAAUUUCAGUUAGCAGUAUGUUCUUAUUUUUAAGUUGCUCCUAACUGCUUCAGUUUUGUUUCUGUUGGAAUUAUCUUGUAUUCAGUGUGUUUCAGGUCCUACAUGUUUCUAAAUGGUAUGACACCAAGUACAUGUAGGCGUCAAAAUGGUAGGUAUUUUAGUGUUGUGCAAGUUAUUGUUCCAUUGUCUACAAGAAUGGGUUAUUAGUGUUUCCCCUCUAUGCAUUUGUGAAAAAAAACAAGUUUCUGCCAAGUUCAAGGCACAUUUGCACAAUGAUCUAGUCUCAGCAGAUACCUUGACUUAGUCCGAUGACUCUGUACAUUUUACCACUGCUCCAAAAAAAUCUAGGGGAAACACUAUUACACAUUACCGAUUCAAGUCUUCAGUGCAUAAUGUUCUUGGCAAGCAACGGGAAGUUGCUCAAAAUACAUUUUAAUUAAUGUGAAGUACAUACAAUUAAAGUGUUUCUCAGUCAAGGCAAAUUAGAAGAAAAACAGACCUGGAGAAAGACAGCUUUAAUAAAAAAUGUAUGUAUGUAACAGGUUUGCAGAAUAUGCAAUUUAUAAUAAUGAGCGAACACUAAAUGACCAAUACUAUACUUCGUAGUCUGUACAUUUAAUUUAGAUGCAUUUAUGUAACCAGAAAAAAAGACAACAGGCAAUGCUGAUCAUUUGUGUGGAAAAAAAAUCUCUUCUAUUAAGCGUCCAACAUUACUUUGGUCAAUGAUUGAAUCCCUGCGAAUUCUGAGAGAUCAACGUGUAGCCUCAGUAUCUGAUUGGCUCUUCAUUGCUACACAUCAUGCUUGAUAUCAGGGAAUUUAAAUGCACUCUUUGCAACAAACAAAUUAAUUGACACUUCUGGAUUAUGUAACAUGCCUUCUCUUAGCCAAACCCCCCCGUAAGGGCUGUAAUUGUAGCUGCCAAAUAGCAAAGCAUUCAAGUUUACUUCAAACAACUGCAAUGUUGUGGUAUAAACACCAUUUUCAACAUUGCAGUAUGUUUCAUCACAAUAUUAAAUCAAUACUGUUGACUACUCAGAUUAUCGUCCAACCAUAUCUUGUGCAUUUCUAAUUAGUAUUCACUACAUUCUCAUCAAGUUACAUAUUUGCUACAAGGCUGUUCAUUUAUGUUUGAAAAAACAACCCACAAAUAAGUACCACGUUUAAUGAUUGUCUUCUUCCUCACAUUGUGCAGGAUAAUUAUCCUGGUUAUGACUAAAGUAGUAUCACAUGUAUUCACAUUCCAUAAAGAAAAUAAAAACUGAACAUAAAUGAUCGCGAUAAUCCUGGACACAAAUGAACCUGGAUCACACGACUAGGCAGUCACAGUUAUAGGUACCAGAAACAAAAAAACACAAACCGAUUGAGUGACACUACAGAAGGCUUCUCUACCGGCCUGUUAAAUUAAUUACAUUCUUUAUAAUAAUCAAGGAGAUCAUUUCUCUACCAUACUCUAGUUAUAUUGGAAUGGAAACUUAAAAUGUACUUACUAUUAGCUAGUACCAAGGCAAACGUAGUAAAUUCAACCAUUUCUCAAACAGAAUAUUUGAUACUAUUUGAUAUUUGUAACUAUUUAAUCAAAUGUUUAAUUUGUUUGAACUAAUCAGUGAUGUGGAGUAGCUACAUCACUAGAAAGAGGAACAUCUCUGGAGUAUCACUUCAACAAAGUGACAACAGUGUGUUACAAAAGGUCACUAUGAAAAGGCAUCAGCAUGUAGGAAGGCUACGUACUAUUCUGGAGUGAACAUCAGAGCCCAAAGGAGAGCUAGAACAUAUUUGGUAACUUAAACUGCACCAAGGGAACCUGAAAUACAACAGAAGAAUGAAGGCCAGAUAUAGAAAGGUGGCCAUAUUUAAUAUCCAUACAAAUAUUUUAUUUUCUUUAAAUGGCAAAGUAAAUCAGAAAAGAAGAUGAGGUCAUGGCUCCGAGUUAGGCUCAAUAUGACCAUUUCAGUCCCGACAGACUGAAGGGUUGACUGCCUGGAGAAUCAGUCUUCUGACCGGGAAAAAAAGCCCCACCAGAUCUCUGGGAAUCGGAACCUUUUCAUCCCAACCGGCCAGUAUGAUAUUAAAAUAAAAACACAGCCUGUGUUUUGUCCUUUACCUUGUAAAAACAAUCACAGAGACAAUUUUUGAAGAAAAUAUAAAUCUGUAGACUCCAUUGGACACCAUCUUUUUAAUAAAAAGGAUGGUCUCACAAACAUUACCUAUUAUUUACACUAUUUUUACUAUAACAAGUAAAAACAAUCAAUGCUGCAUGACCUCAUCAGGUAUGAGUAAAACACGAUUCCAUGUGACCAGGAGUUAAACUGGAGCUGUCCAUGAGAAAGUCUGCCAAACAAUAUCGACCAGUUCCAUUGGUUCCAUCACCAAACAAGACUUCUAUCAAUAUGUGGGAAUAAAUUUAAACUGUCCUUAAACUGGAGAUGGACUAAAGCACUUAAACAGAGCCUUGGUGAACCCCCCUCCAUACCCACACAUUGAACUUAGCAAACAUAGAUAUUUUGUACAACGGAGUACCAUGACGGAAGUUUGAGGAGUUGCCCUUAAUUUACACGUAUAGUGUAUUUGCUGUACAUUGUUUAUUUCCCUGUCGAUAUGUCUGGCCUAGUUUUCAUUAGACACAAUUUACCUGGAGUGCUUCAAACAUUGGAAGAAGUCCAUUCCAAACAGUGGAUUUAAUUUAAAGGGAAGCCAUCAAACUGCUGCUUGUGGUAACUUUGAAGGCCCUGGCUUAUCUCUUGUAGUGAUUUGGUGCAUCUGCAAACAUAUACUUAAGUCUGUAAGCUUCAGCGAGAAGUAGACCCACUUCCUCGUUACCCCAGUGGAUUGUGGGAAGGUUCUGAAGUAGCAUGAGAAGCCCCUGUGUAGAGCAAACAAUUUCAUGAAAUGACAUUGAGCAACAGACAUUAUUAUAAACAUAUUGUACUGUACAACCUUACAUAGCGUAAGGCAUACACAGGCUCAGUGCAUUAGUAUUGUUUAUUCAGCGAGCUCAUAUACAAUGAGGUUUAGCAUUGGACAACAAUGUGUACGUUACCUGAAAGUCGACCAUGGACAGGAUCUCUUUGCGCCACUCAAUGAGGAACGCAGCGCACACGUACAAGUGGAAGUUGGAGAAGCCUUCAGCCUCCGCCUGAGAAACCAAUCACAUUUUACAUGAGCCCAACUAAAUAUUGAAGCUAAAUAAAUGGCUUCUUGAUGUAAAACACACCUCAGUCCAAGAGCUGGAAGUUCUAAAAUCUCAUCAGUCCCAUUAGCCAGGCAGACCAAAUGCAAUCUCUAGAUUGUGUUGAAAUGUACCCUUUUAUCACAUGGGGCCGGUGGCGGCCUGCAUCGAGUGGCCAGAGUGUAGACAUAAAACACCUGCUGUAUGGAGGACAUUUUUAUCUCUUUUUAUGAUCCGACUCACAGAUCGCAGCGCGUGUACAAUGUUGAUUGACAGGGAGCGUAACUUAUUCCCCAACACAUUAAUAUCCCCAUAAAGAACCUCCCGUCAUUCGGACAAGCAAAACAGAUGUUGCUUUGUUUGACUGAUUUAAGCAGCCCUUUGAGUUGAGAGGUAGCCUCUUCCAAUCUAGAGAGUAUUCCUGAGGCCGUUUACGGCCUUCCUUAAGGCCUCUAUACGACCACAUUAACACAUUAAUUUGACCACACCCCUAAACCUUAGCCUGCAUAAAGAGCAAGGCAACCCAACAGAAAACAUGACACCAGCAGCUUUCUAAUAUUGCCUAACGUCAUCAUUACUAGACCUAUUUCUGAAAAUAACAUACCUAAAGUAAAUACAAUUAUGUCUCCACAACUACAAGGGCUAUAAUAUGUAAUAUAUUAAGAAUUUAUUCAUUGCAAAUAUUUCUUAUCUCAAAUGUUAUCCUUUAUAGAUAAUGAACCGCGAGUCAGAGAAACAAUAUUUCGCUUCUUCUAUUUGUCUUGUACAUGAUUUUUAAUUGACAAUAA